AUUCCUCGUUCGCUUUUCUCAUAUUCAUCUUUCUCAAACCCUAAAUCGCUCUUCAAAAACUCUUCACGAUUCUCUCUGUCAAGAUGCAAAUUUUCGUGAAAACACUUACUGGCAAGACCAUUACUCUUGAGGUAGAGAGCUCUGACACUAUCGACAAUGUUAAGGCAAAGAUUCAGGACAAGGAAGGGAUCCCUCCGGAUCAGCAAAGAUUGAUCUUUGCCGGUAAACAGCUUGAGGAUGGACGUACCUUGGCGGAUUACAAUAUACAGAAGGAAUCAACUCUCCACUUGGUUCUCAGGUUAAGAGGUGGUAUGCAGAUCUUUGUGAAGACGUUGACAGGAAAAACCAUUACUUUGGAGGUUGAGAGCUCUGAUACUAUUGACAAUGUUAAAGCUAAGAUUCAGGACAAGGAAGGGAUUCCUCCGGAUCAGCAGAGGCUUAUCUUUGCUGGUAAGCAGUUAGAGGAUGGUCGCACACUUGCUGAUUACAACAUCCAAAAGGAGUCUACUCUCCAUCUUGUGCUUCGUCUCAGAGGUGGUAUGCAGAUUUUUGUGAAGACCCUUACCGGAAAGACCAUAACUUUGGAGGUUGAGAGCUCAGACACAAUUGAUAACGUCAAGGCUAAGAUUCAGGACAAGGAAGGAAUCCCACCAGACCAACAGAGACUCAUCUUUGCUGGGAAACAGCUUGAAGAUGGUCGCACCCUUGCUGAUUACAACAUCCAAAAGGAGUCUACUCUCCAUCUUGUACUUCGUCUCAGAGGUGGUAUGCAGAUUUUUGUGAAGACCCUCACAGGAAAGACCAUAACUUUGGAGGUUGAGAGUUCAGACACAAUCGAUAAUGUCAAAGCUAAGAUUCAGGAUAAGGAGGGGAUCCCACCAGACCAGCAGAGACUCAUCUUUGCUGGAAAACAGCUUGAGGAUGGUCGCACACUUGCGGAUUACAACAUCCAAAAAGAAUCUACUCUUCACCUUGUGUUGCGUCUUCGUGGUGGUAUGCAAAUCUUUGUGAAAACAUUGACAGGUAAGACUAUUACCUUGGAGGUUGAGAGCUCAGACACAAUUGAUAACGUCAAGGCUAAGAUUCAGGACAAAGAGGGGAUCCCACCAGACCAGCAGAGACUCAUCUUUGCUGGGAAACAGCUUGAGGAUGGUCGGACUUUGGCUGAUUAUAACAUCCAAAAGGAAUCAACUCUCCACUUGGUUCUUCGUCUUCGUGGUGGUGGAAGCUUCUGAGCUUUAUCAUCUGUGGUCAAAACUGUUGUUUGAUUGUGUCUUGUGUACUUGUGUGGAGUGUGGUGAUAUAAACUUUCUCUAUCGUUUGUUAGCUUUCUCAAUUUAUUUUCUUUUUGUGGUAAGACCUCUAAAUUUAAUAUCCAAUGUUAUUUGAUUGGACAGAAAA